CGCGAGUCGACUGAAGGAUGACACACUCAAGUGGACACAACGCAAGAGUAACAACAAUGAAAAUCUUACUUAUCUGUCUGUUAGCCACGGCUGUUUUAGCCGAGAAGAAACACGACAAACGUGGUACUCUUCUAGGUGAUUCUGGUUACUCCAGUGGUCUUGGUUUAGGUGCAUACAGUUCUGGUGGAUUGAAAUCUGGUUUAUAUUCUUCUGGUAUAAGUUCUGAGCUUGGUUACGGAUAUGGUUCUGGACUUAGCUCUGGAUUCAGUUCUGGGAUUAGUUCUGGAUUUAAUUCUGGAUUAUCAUUAAGCGGAGGAAACGUAGGAGGCGGAUUCCUAGGAGCUAGAGCCGAACGUAUCACCGGUGUCACCGUUCAUCGUGAAGUCCAGGUUCCAGUACCAGUACCACAUCCGGUGCCAGUUGAAGUUACAAGAACCGUACCCGUACUUCAUCCUGUUCCAGUUAAGGUUGAUCGUCCUUACCCAGUACCAGUACCUCAUCCAGUUCCAGUUCCCGUUACUCGUCACGUUCCUAUUAAAAUCGAUCGUCCUUAUCCUGUACCAGUACCUCAACCAGUCGAAGUCCGUGUACCUCAACCCAUUCCUGUUCCAGUUAUCCAGCCAGUUCCUAUUUCGGUUGGUCCAUCCUAUUCCUUGGGUUCUACCGGUGGAUUUUCCGGUGGAUAUUCUAGUGGACUUUCCGCCGGAUUCUCAGGUGGUUACUCCGAUUUUGGAUCAAGCUUGUCCAGUGGACUCAGUUCCGGAGUAGAUGUCAGCAUCGGUCAUGAAUACUCCUCUAGCAGUGGUAGUGGAUCGAUCGGAGGAGACGCUGGUGGAUACUCUUAUCCUGCCCCAUCGAAGAAAUGGUGA